AUGUGGAUUUCGACACUUCCGAUUUGCCAUGGCGGGAGUUUGACGGCUGGAAGGUCCGGUUCUCUUGCAGCGGCGGUCGUCUCUAGCGACAGUCAGGGCCAUGGAUUGAUCUUUGGUUUCCCCUUGUUUCGACCUUCUCUAUUGUUGAGAAUGUCGUUUCCUCCAGAGGCGACGGUGGUGUUGCCUUGGUUCUGGAGUGCGCGCGGGGGGAUGGGGUGCGGUCUGGCCGGGUCAAGUUUGGGUUUGCCAGGAGAGAUUGUGUUCAGCCGUGGGCUGAGCGACUUCUUCUUGGUGGAUCUCGUUAGGAGUUGGUUCGGGUUGUGGAGGGGCUAG